AAACUAUUUUGCUAAAAUAUUGAGCUCCGACAGCAAGCAACCUUGUAUGAGGCUAGAAGUGUAAGAGAUUGAAAACGGUCAGAAGAACUCUUGAAUGGGGGAAGUCUGCAGGGUAAGUUUAGAGAGUUGCAUUCCAUUCCGAAGAAAAAACUCCAGAAAUAAAAUAUAUGGCAAUCAAACCACUUCCCUGUUUCAUUACCAUUCAAAGUAACAAAUAAAUGGUUAUAAAACCGUUUUUGAGAACAAAAGCGGUCAUAACAAGCAGAUUGAACAAGUAUUCCAAACGCGUCAGUGAUAAUCCAAAUCUCAAACUCGCAGAAUUAUGUAAAGAGGGUUGGUUGAAGGAGGCGUUGCACAUUCUGCUCACUUCCCACAAGCUCACUGUAAAUUCUUCUACAUAUCUUCAACUCUUGCAGACCUGCAUUUCCAACAAAACCCUUUCAGUGGGCAGGCACAUACACUCGCACAUCAAUGAAAGGGGAAUUAAGUUAUCCGGACACAAACUUUUACAAGAUACUCUUAUACGAAUGUAUGACCACUGCGGAAGUUUGGUAGAUGCCCGCGGUGUGUUUGACAAAAUGACUGAGCGAGACAUUCUGUCAUGGAAUGCGAUAAUUGCAGCUUACAGAAGAAAGGGGUAUCCUCAGGAGGCACUGACGCUAUUUCACCAAAUGCAAGCAACAGGUGUACAACCAGAUCAGUUCACCUUUUCCAGCAUACUCCAAGCGUAUGCCAAAAUCAGAGCUUUGGAACAGGGUAUGUGCAUCCAUCAAAGGAUAAUAGGAAGAGGUUUUUUGUCAGAUGUUGUGGUUGCAAGUGCUCUGAUAGACAUGUACACAAAAUGUGGAAGUAUAGACACGGCACGUCAACUGUUUGACAAAAUGUCUCAAAGAGAUGUGAUCUCAUGGAAUGCAAUGAUCGCAGGAUAUGCACAAAAUGCUGUUCUUGACAAGGCUUUAAAUCUUUUCAAAGAAGUGCCUCGAAGAGACACAUUCUCAUGGAAUGCCAUGAUUGCAGGAUACGCACAAAUUGGCGACCUUAACCAGGCUUUAAAGAUUUUCAAAGAAAUGCCUCGACCAGAUGUUGUCUCUUGGAAUGCCCUGAUCGCAGGGUAUACCCAAAAUGGGUUUGCAGAGAAAGCCUUGGAGACUUUUAAUCAAAUGCAAUAUGCAGGCAUAAAGCCAGAUGCCACAACCUUUUCCAGUGUCCUCCCGGCCUGUGCUAAAAUGGGAGCUUUGAAACAGGGCGUGUACAUCCAUCAGUGCAUAGUUGAAAAUGGAUUUCUGUUAAAUGUAAUAGUUGCAAGUGCCUUGGUAGACAUGUAUGCAAAGUGUGGAAGCAUACAGAAGGCACAUGAGCUGUUCAACAAAAUGCCUCAAAAAAAUGUAGUGUCAUGGUCUGCAAUUAUUGCAGGAUAUGCACAAAAUGGCUUUUGCAAGGCUGCUCUCAAACUCUUUGAACUAAUGAGGCAAUCUGGAACAUAUCCUAAUCAUGUAAGUUUUGCUUGUGUUUUGUUAGCAUGCAGCCAUGCAGGUUUAGUGGAUGAGGGCUGUAAAUACUUCAAUGGCAUGAGUGAGCAGUGCAUUACACCUACAACUGAUCAUUAUGUGUGCUUGGCUGACCUCCUUGCCCGUGCUGGCUAUCUUGAGCAAACUCUAAACUUUAUCAUCAAAAUGCCAAUAAAACCUGUGGUUGUUGUAUGGGCAAGUUUGCUUGGAGCCUGUCGAACACAUAAGAAUAUACAGUUAGGAGUAUUUACAGCAACUGUUCUUUUUGAGCUAGAUCCUAAAAAUUCUGCAGCUUACGUUCUUCUCUCAAACAUCUAUGCAGAAGUGGGAAGGUGGGGUGAGGUGACAGAUCGCACCCACAGACACAUGAGAUUCAUGCAAUGCUGGACAAACUGUCUAGGGAGAUUAAGGCGGCAGGGUGCUUUCCAGAUUCAGCGCAGGAACUGAAUGAUGUGGAAAAGGAAGAGAAAGAAUUAUUCCUCGGCCACCAUAGUGAGAAGCUGGCAAUUGCUUUUGGAUUGUUAAACUCGCCUAAUGGAACAACCAUUCGAGUCGUCAAAAACCUUCGAGUAUGUGUUGACUGCCA